GCUUUUUAACCUUAACUGUCACUUUAACUAUUCUUGUUUGAUUUCUUUAAAAAAUGCUUUGUAAUUGUGACCUCAGUUAACUUUUUUACGUAUUUUGUGUGCCAUCACAGACGGACAGUAAAAUUUUCUUAACAUGGCAGAUUAUUUUCAAGAAAUGGGAUGGAGCCCACUAGCAGAGGGCGAAGCUCCCAACCAUUUGCUACACUUGGUGAGGCUUUUUAUAGACUACAAUAUGUUUGAAGAAUUGGGAGAGACACAACGUUUACCACCCCCUGCAUCGAUAGAAGCUGUUAAUAAUUUACCUGAAGUAUCAAUUAAUGAAGAAGGUAAACAGUGUCCAGUAUGCCUCAAGGAUUACGAGAAAGGAAGUUCAGCUGUUAAGAUGCCAUGUGACCACCUGUUUCAUCCAGAAUGUAUUAAGCGAUGGCUUACAAAGACUAACAGCUGCCCCUUGUGCAGACAUGAACUUCCAACUGAUGAUGAAAACUAUGAGGCUUAUCGUAAAGAGAAAAUAAGAGCUAAACAGAGGGUAAAUGAUAUUGAAAAUUUACAUAAUUGUAUGUUUUCAUAAAAUAAUACUAGGGAUUGGGGAAACGUUAUUUUAAUCUAUUAUUAAAUUAAAAGAAAUAGUAUUUACAUUUCAAUUUACUUGGAACUUUUCAAAUUGUUUAGUAAUAAUACAUAAUUUGAAAUCUU